AUGAAUAACAUUGGUUACUACAAUCGUCGCGCCUGCCAGAGAUGCCAUGCUCAGAAGCUGAGUUGCCGGCCGGAGACACAGACGGAGUGUAUCCGAUGCAUAAAGGCCAGUACCAAGUGUGUUCCACGGUCACCUCUACGCACGCGCAAAGGCAACAACUCUUCCGAACAAAGGCCUCAACAUUCGCGUCACAGCGUCAGUGGGAAUGAUGAGAAUGAACCAGUCCGGUCUACUGCGGAGCUGUCCAACUUCUCAGAUGAUAUGUGGGGUGGCAUUUGUACAGAAGAAACGACGGGGGAGACGAGCGAGGGACCAGACAUGAGCAACGCAAAUUCAUACUUGUCAAUGAUCCCCUCGUCGCAAUGGUUUACAGACUUAGUAGCUACAAACACGCUCACGGCCAGGGUAGCUUCUAAUAUUCCUGUGGGCCCAAGUGAGUUGGCAUAUAGAAGCGAUGACUACACAACUCCACCAAGCCCCGUGGACCCUGGCGACUCUGUUUUCGACCCAUUGGGGUAUGCGCAAUUUCUGGUAUCUCAACAGGAACUGCCUUCGACUAGUCUAGAAAUGCCUCUGGCAGAAGCCCUCCCAACGGUUUCCAGAAACAUUUCAGACGGCUUCUGCAAGAAAAUUUGGGUGGAGGAAUUAGCAAGACUCAACAGCAGGAUAUCCAGCCAUGAUCAUUCCGUGAACUCGAGCUCCUCAGAGCACACAACGCCCGAACGCUCGAGAUCAUGCUCACUAUCAACGGAGAGCGGGAAGUCACCGAUGAACGGCCCGGUCUGCCUCGACGAUGCCUUGGCGCUCACCAAGGACCUUAUCGAGCUUCUGGAUAGACUUCAAUCGCCCGAAGAUCCUUCCGCUCGAAGCGAUAUAUCAAAAUUCGGCGACGGAGCUUUUCGCAACAUGUCCCAGGACAUCGCGCUUGGGACUUCAAUUCAGCAUUUGGAUAUUUCAGUCUCAAACAAGAGGAUGAGCAUUCCUAACGUCAUCAGUGAGGAUCCUUUUACAAUUUUGCUCUUCAUGUCUUGCUACGUGCGGCUCAUCGGCAUCUACAAACUUCUGUUCGCACGCAUUCGAUCAGUGGUCACCAACGAGGGACCCCAAGCGGCAAGUCCUCUAUUGCUCCGUUCUCAACUUCCGACGAUAGUGGUGGGCCCCUUCUCAUUAAGGUCUAACCCUAAUUUAGAAGUCAUGCUCAUCAUUGAGCUGGUUGAUUCUGUCAUAGCCCAUAUAGGACACGCUGCCCGCCUCUUGACUCCAGGGACCACUGGCGAUCCUUCUCAGGACCUCGGCCGCGGGACGAUGACACCUAAGGGGACUCAUUCCAUGGAUCACAUUGUUGUAUCCAUGCUAAGUGCUGUUCAGGAGAGUGAGAAGGGAUUGAUGGGAUCCAUCCACAACAUCCGUGAUAUUCUGACGCAGAAACAUUUGAGUCCAGAUACCAUGUUUUCCUAG